UCUAUUGGUCACUUCGCAUGUCAUUAUCAUAGUCGGUUUUUGGGGUGGAAAUCAUGUUAACGCUGUUACAACUGUAACUCUGUUGAACUAUAUGUUUGGCGGCAACAUUGGAAAAGGAAACCAUUUAUACAUUCGUCGCAACACCCCAACAACAGAAACUUCAGAAUGAGCGUGGGGUUCAUCGGAGCGGGUCAGUUGGCCCAUGCCUUGGUGAAGGGAUUCAGCGCUGCAGGUGUCAUUGCCACACAGAGGAUCACUGCCAGCUCCCCAGACACAGAUCUUCCCACAGUGUCUGGACUGCGGAAAAUGGGUGUCAAUCUCACAACCAGCAACAAGGAGGUGGUGAACAAGAGUGACGUUCUGUUUCUGGCUGUCAAACCACACAUCAUCCCCUUCGUGUUGGAUGAGAUCGGACCGGACAUUGAGGACCGCCACCUCAUUGUGUCCUGUGCAGCUGGUGUCACCAUCAGCUCCAUUGAGAAGAAACUGCUCCAGUACCGCCCGUUCCCCAAGGUGAUGCGAUGCAUGACCAACACCCCGGUGGUGGUUCGGGAGGGAGCCACUGUCUACGCCACGGGUACCCACGCCGAGCUAGAGGACGGGAGGCUGCUGGAGCAGCUGAUGGCCAGUGUGGGCUACUGCACGGAGGUGGAGGAGGACCUGAUCGAUGCCGUCACCGGACUCAGUGGCAGUGGACCUGCCUAUGCAUUUACAGCUGUGGAAGCGCUUGCUGACGGGGGGGUUAAAAUGGGUCUGCCCAGGAGACUGGCUAUACGGCUUGGAGCACAGGCCCUGCUGGGAGCAGCCAAAAUGCUGUUGGACUCGGAGCAGCACCCUGGCCAGCUGAAGGACAACGUUUGCUCCCCAGGGGGCGCCACCAUUCACGCCCUGCACGUCAUGGAGAGUGGGGGAUUCCGCGCCCUGCUCAUCAACGCUGUGGAGGCCUCGUGCAUUAGGACCAGGGAGCUCCAGUUCUUGGCUGACCAGGAGAAGAUCUCUCCUGCGGCCAUCAAGAAGACUACGCUGGACAAGGUUCUGCAGCAGCCAGGGGUGGGAACAGGGGUGGGCGUCCGGACGGGAUCUGGGAUCAGCCUGUUCAACAGCAGCAACCCCAGGCAUAAGAAGUAAUUGAACUGAGUGGCUCUGAUCACAGAACAGUGGUGAAUUCAUUUGUGCAUUGCAGACCAUAUCAAAACAUUUAGCAGCAAAAACAAGUUCAGGUAGUUCCUCCCUGUUUCGGUCUUUUUGCUUCCUAGUGAUACGCCCCAGGAAGAGACCCUCAAAACGCCGCUGAACAUAUGAUUUCAACACUAAAACAUUUGUUAUGGUUAUAGCAUGCCAGCUGAGAGGAGGGGCCUAAAUGACAGCUUCAUAAAUGUGAGGAGAAACUUAAAGCAGCAAUAGAGGAUGUAGGGUGAAGGGUCACUUCUCCUGCUCUCCUUCCAUGUUCACUGACUAGAAACAUCUGGACAGGUAAAAGCAAGUUCCUAAUAGGCAUGAUGGCUUUCACCUGUCCAGUGUUGUCAUAUCAGUGCAGAUGAAGGAGAAAAGCGGUAGGAGGUGACCGGGGGAAGAAGACGAACAUAGACAGUUAAGAUGGACCAACAUGGUGAUGAGCAACAGGUCACAAUUCCUUUACAUUUUAGCCAUUUAGCAGAUGCUCUUAUCCAGAGCGACUUACAGGAGCAAUUAUGGUCAAGUGCCUUGCUCAAGGGCACGUGAACAGAUUUUUCACCUAGUCGGCUCGGGACUCGAACCAGGUAUCUAUCGGUUACUGUUGGAACGUACUUACCUCUAGGUUACCUGCCGCCCACUCCCUUUCAGUAGAAACACAGAGACAGAUGUGGAGUUGGCUGUCUUAUGUGCUUAGCUAUCUAUAGCUUCUGUUUCAUAGAAUGUGUGCCUAUAUGUUCCGUUAGACAGAUUGUUAGGUCCUACAUUAUGUACAGUCUUACUGGAACUAUUUUGGUCUGUUGCUAAACAGCAAAGGUCCCUGUUUUCUAUUGUUGUUUAUCUCUUCAUUUUCUGGCUAUUUUCUUUGCUUGAUUGAGAGAUAUUACAGCUUUAGUAUGUUCAUCAUUUUAGCCUGACUGAGGGAGUUUGUAGAAGGAGCAACACUGUUUAGACACACUUGGAAACCACAACAAAAUGGGAAUCCUAUUGAACUUUUCUUUAUCCAGGUUUGUCUUGUUGAUGUAUAUCUUCUUUAAAAUAGACUUGUUCAAGAUGGGAGUCAUUCAUGUUACAAAAGUUACACACAUAUAGAUAUCUAUCUAUACUGAACAAAAAUAUAAACGGAACAUGCAACAAUUUCAAAGAUUUUACAGUUACAGAGAAUCAUUCAAUGUAAAUAAAUUCAUGAGGCCCUAAUCUAUGGACUUUAAAUGACUGGGGAUACAGAUGUGCAUCUGUUUGACAAAGAUGCCUUAAUAAAAAUGGGCCUCACAAUGGGCCUCAGAAUCUCAUGGUA